CCUUAUAUAAGAGGAAAGAGGGCAGGAAAACAAAGUGGGUGACCUGCUCAUUUAAAGUGUUCCUAAUCCCUCUCGGGUUCCACCAGAUUCAUUGGAUGACGUGUUUUCUCACGGCUUUCUAAUCCCCGUGGACAUGAAUGGUGGAAAGAAGUGCUCAGAUGUCGGAGGAGCAAAAAGUAGAAGAACCGAUCGUGCAGGAUAUUAUUUAACUGGAUCAUAAUUAUUGAUGCAUUAACACAUUUAUCAUUUUGAUGUUGAGGAUGGUAACAGUAAUUAGAUUAGAUUAUAUAGUUGAACUGAUGGGCAGCUUUGUGAAUUUUCCCCGUGGGAAUCCAUGAUCUAAAGUAUUACAUCACGAUUGAUUCAUUAUUUUAUAUCAUUAAACUAAAUCUGCAAAGUAAUCAGUCACUUAAGUUGCCAAAUAAAUACACUGGAGAAACAAGUUCAGUAGUUACCUCUGAACUGGGUAGCAAUCAGUAAACAUCACAAUAAACUGUUUUUUUUUAAAUUAAUUUGGAAUAUUUAAUUUACCUUUUAUUAAUAAUGGACAUCAUAAAUUGAUAUAGUGAAGUAGAAGUAUUAAGAAACAGAAAAUGGGACUGAAGUACCUAAAAAUGAUACUUGAGUGCAGCACUUUGCUUGAUUAUUAUUCAUGCAAAGACAAAGACUUUGCUUCACAGACUGAGAAUCGAAUCAUUAUGUGAUGACCAAAGUUGUUCAGGCAGAUUUUUUUUUCAUCAAGGCAAAAAGCUUCCUCUCACUUUUCUUGUUUGUGUGUCAGAUUAUUGCUGGGCACGAUUCAUACAGUGCAGAGUCAUCUGGCCCCGACCGUGUGCUACUUCCAGCAGGGAUUAGUGCUCUAACCUUAACGUCCGCCAGACAAAGACUCCCGCCCGCCGUGUCAUCUGCUCGUCCUCCUGCAGACGAACAAAGCCCGGCUGAAGCGUCUGCAGACAUGGGUCGUCACGAGGCCGACUUCGUGUGGAAGAAAAACACAGAGAACAUCCACGAGGUGUUUGACUUCAUGGAGGAGCUCGGAUCGGGGGCGUUCUCAGAGGUGUUCAUGGUGAAGGAGAAGAAGACGGGAAAGCUGUUCGCCAUGAAGUGCGUGAAGAAGAAACAGAAGAGAGACCUCAAUCUGGAGAACGAGAUCGCCGUGUUGAGGAGAAUCCAGCACGAUAACGUCAUCGGGAUGGAGGAUUUCUAUGAAAGUCGGUCCCAUUACUAUCUCGUCAUGCAGCUCGUUUCAGGCGGGGAGCUUUUCGACCGUAUUCUGGACCGGGGGGUUUACUCAGAGAAGGACGCCAGCAACGUGAUCCAGCAGGUGCUGCAGGCCGUCAGCUACCUGCACCAGAACGGCAUCGUGCACCGUGACCUCAAGCCAGAGAACAUCCUGUACUACAGCCAGGAGGAGGACUCCAAGAUCAUGAUCAGUGAUUUCGGCCUCUCCAAGAUGAUAGAGAACGACAUCAUGUCGACAGCUUGUGGCACCCCGGGAUACGUAGCUCCUGAAGUUUUGGCACAGAAGCCCUACAGCAAAGCAGUGGACUGCUGGUCUAUUGGAGUCAUCACCUACAUCUUACUCUGUGGAUAUCCCCCUUUUUACGAGGAAAGUGAGUCGAGACUGUUCUCCAAGAUCAUGAAGGCGCAGUACGAGUUCGACUCGCCCUUCUGGGAUGACAUCUCUGAAUCUGCUAAGGACUUCAUCCGUAACAUGAUGCAGAAGAAUCCCAGCAUGCGGUACACCACCGACCUCGCGCUCAGACAUCCCUGGAUAAUCGGAAAGACGGCACGGAGCCAAGACAUCUACUAUUCUGUCAGCGUCCAGAUCCAAAAGAACUUUGCCAAGACCAAGUGGAAGCAAGCUAUUAACGCUGCUGUCGCCAUCAAUCACAUGAAGAAGCUGCAGCUGGCCCACUCAGAACUGGUCCUGAGGAAGACCAGCAUCCCCGACAUCAAGGUGAGCGACUUGUCCACCCUGCCGACCACAAACAACAAACGUCUUGAUCCAGACAAACUUUACCCCAAGGCGGUGGAGGUCAAUGGGAAAGUGAACGCGUCAAACCACAUGUCCCUGCCCGCGAGCAACAUUGAUUCAAAGAGCCAGUACCACUCGCUGAAGGCCACCCAGAGUCAGUGCGUCGCACACCACGCACCCACUAUAGCUGAGCAGGGGAAGCACGUCUACCACUCAGAGCCCGCCAACCUGAACGGGUAUGGCAAAACCCGUGACAACAAACCUCUGCAGACUGGAGUUUGCUCAGUCAUGUGAAGGCUGCAUGAAGUUUACAUGGGAAAAAAAAACACAUUUUACUUGGUCAGUGUUGCUGCGCUGACUCAGCACGCAGCCGAUUUGUGUCAGCUGGUCCCCCCGGCGCUGAGAAAAUGAGAAGACGUUGAUCCUCUGAAGGGCCGAAGCGGUCUGAGAGGUCCACGCAGUAGAGUGGGACAUUUUUAUUUUUGGAAGGAGUGCCUAUGAAGUUUCCCCGACAGCUACCUGGAACACACACGCACACAAACACGCACACAACACACUCUGAUGAGCAGGACUCACUUUAAGUCAGAUGCACAGAGGUGGACUUCAGGACGGUUUGGACUGUGUUCAAAGCGUCGUCUCUCUUAGAGGGACUCGUGACGGGCUCACCUGCUGCCGGGCUCCUCUCCAACGUCCAGCUCGACGACCUCUGAGGUCACCGAGGCUUUACAUCAGAACUCCAGGAAGAGUUUAAUCAGAGCACUUAGUGUCCCAGUUCAUUAGGAUUGCUGUUAUAUGUUGCACUAAAAAAAAAAAAAAUAUGCACGCAAUGCAGUGAGAGAGAUUAUUAUGUGUAAGAUAUUAAACUUUAGUACAGUAAAAUAUAUGGAGGGGAUUAAAACGCAUACUUACUGCUUUACAUAAGCCAUAUUGUAUCAUCUGUUCUGGUGAAGUCGUCUCUUGUGUUUAUUUGUUUGGUGUACCAUUUUAUUUUUCUAAAGUGUUUUGCUUCAUUUUUUUAUAAAAAAAAAAAAAAAAAGAAAAAGUAAUUAAAAAGAUAAAAACAGCUAAACAUACACACAAAAUGUAAUAUAUGUUCAAACUGACAAAUCAUCAACAGUGUAAAUGCCACAAGUAUGUCCAUAACUUGCCAACUCGCAGCUCUCACACGCCGUCGAACUGCUAGAAUAUGUGAUCUAUUGUACUGCCUGUGGUUCAUUCUGCUUUUUGUCUCUCCGGCUUUGUUAUUGAUGCAUUCAACAGAUAUUGAUCUUCUCUGUGUAUUAUGAUGGGAUCGCUACGUGCUACAAAUAAAGUCUGUACAGAAUCUACAUUA